AUGAAUGUCUCUAUCCUGAUUUCCUCUUCAGACAGUUACCAUCCGGAGUCAAUUCUCAUCCCGGUGCUUUACUCCCUUAUUUUCCUAGUGGGCACAGUGGGCAAUAGCCUGGUUCUGGCGGUGCUGCUGAGAAAUGGAAAGAUAAAUAACACCACCAAUCUUUUUAUCUUGAACUUAGGCGUGGCGGACCUGUGCUUCAUUAUUUUCUGUGUGCCGUUUCAAGCCACCAUCUACACCCUGGACAGCUGGGUCUUUGGCCCCUUCAUGUGCAAAGCUGUACACUUCUUCAUAUACCUCACCAUGUAUGCCUCUAGCUUCACCCUGACCACUGUGUCACUUGACAGGUAUCUUGCAAUACGUUAUCCAUUGCGUUCCCGGGAAUUGCGCACACCCAAGAAUGCCCUGAUGGCUAUCACACUCAUUUGGAGCUUGUCCUUGAUCUUUUCUGGACCUUAUCUCAGCUACUAUCAGGAAUUUCAGUUGGCUAAUCUAACUGUCUGCCACCCAGUCUGGCAAAUCUCCCAUCGCAAGACCAUGGACCUUUGUACGUUUGUCUUCAGCUAUGUCAUUCCUGUGCUGAUUCUCAGUCUCACUUAUGCCCGUACCAUAAGAUACCUCUGGACAUCUGUAGACCCUAUUGAAGGCAUGUCAGAAUCCAAGAGGGCUAAGAGAAGAGUGACUCGCAUGAUCAUCAUUGUUGCUGUCUUGUUCUGCUUGUGUUGGCUUCCCCACCACUUGGUCAUUCUUUGUGUCUGGUUUGGAUACUUUCCCCUUAAUAACUUUACAUAUGCCCUACGUAUCCUCUCACACCUGGUGUCUUAUGCCAAUUCUUGUGUUAAUCCCGUGGUGUAUGCUUUGGUCUCUAAGCACUUCCGAAAGGGGUUCCGAAAAAUAUUUCGCUGUCUGCUGUUGCGUCAGAGGGCAGCUAAUAAGAUCCAUGUGGUCCCUGCUGUCCAUGCUGGUGUCAGCACUUUAGAGGUGGCAUGCACAGAAGUGACUCAAUUAAGUGAGGGCCCCUUGCAUUGCUCUGCCUGUUGUCAGGAUCCGGGGAGUCCUUGGGAGGAGACAGAGGGACCUGGAGAUAAAAGGGGCCCAGCAUUCCUCAGCUUUAAUAUUACAUAG